GUUCUCGGGUGCGGCAUGCGCUGCUAGAGGUAAUAUUGCAAGUGAGCAUAGUAGUGACUGGUGACAAAUUAAUACCAUGAAUUGUAGGUACAUAAUCUUUAAUAACAAGCAAUAAAGAUUGUUUCAUUUAGGCAUCAACCGUUUGCAUAUAACGGUAUAGCGAAUACGUUGUUGAGCCAUGACAGUUUGAAUUCAAGUGUUUGAAAACCGAUUUGAACGAUAAAUGUAAACUCAUUUUGUGAAGUGGUUGAAAGCGAAAAAUCGCCUGGAAGUGGAGAACUGGAUAAACUGUUUACCGCGUCAACGUAGUUUAUAAAAAUGCGUGAAUACAAGAUCGUAGUGUUGGGAUCUGGGGGUGUGGGAAAAUCAGCUUUAACUGUUCAGUUCGUGCAAGGUAUAUUUGUAGAAAAAUAUGACCCAACAAUAGAAGAUAGCUAUAGGAAACAAGUAGAAGUCGAUGGACAACAAUGUAUGUUGGAAAUUUUAGAUACAGCAGGAACGGAGCAAUUUACAGCAAUGCGAGAUUUGUAUAUGAAGAAUGGUCAAGGAUUCGUUUUGGUAUAUUCUAUAACUGCACAAUCAACAUUUAAUGAUCUCCAAGAUCUCAGAGAGCAGAUUCUUAGAGUGAAG